GCGACUAGGGUUUGUAAUGGCAGCUUCUCGGGACCCCUAAACCACUCUAACAAAUAAGGGAGAAAUGCGUCGAUUAAAAUGGACUAAAUCGUUAAAAGGAAUAUUAACACUUCAGCUGUGAACCGAAUUACAGACAGAAGAGGAACGGGCGGGAUAUAUUUCUUCACAGCGCCAGUCUGUGUGUGUAAAGCGUAUUUGUUGACCGCACUGGGAACUUCUCAAUGAUGCCUGAGGUACGGGACCUUUCUGAUGCCCUGCCAGAGAUGCCAAUGGACCCAAUCACUGGCGUAGGAGUUGUGGCCUCAAGAAACAGAGCUCCCACCGGCUAUGACGUGGUCGCACAAACCACAGAUGGUAUUGAUGCAGACUUGUGGAAAGACGGCCUGUUUAAAUCCAAGGUGACCCGCUAUCUGUGCUUCACCAGAGCUUUCUCCAAGGAAAACAGUCAUUUAGGAAACGUGCUUGUAGACAUGAAGCUCAUUGAUAUCAAGGACACGCUGCCUGUGGGAUUCAUUCCCAUACAGGAAACAGUGGACACUCAGGAGCCGGCGUUCAGGAAGAGGAGGUUAUGUAUUAAGUUCAUCCCGCGAGACUCCACUGAAGCUGCCAUCUGUGAUAUCCGUAUCUUAGGACGCUCCAAACAGGCACCACCGCAGUAUACAUUCAUAGGAGAGCUGAAUAACAUGGGCAUCUGGUACCGUAUGGGAAAAGUGCCACGGACCCAAGACUCUUCACCUGUACAGAACAACUCCAUCACCACCACCACCACCAACACCAACAACAUCCAGACUGUCACCAACAACUCCAACUCCACUCCAGCACCAGUCCUGCCCAAGCACAUAUCCAUGACCCUGCCGGCCUGUUUCAGGAAAAGCACCACCAGACCAGACUUUGAACACCAGAACUCCAACCUCUACGCCAUCUCUGCCAUGGACGGAGUGCCUUUCAUGAUCUCGGAGAAGUUUGCAUGUGCCUCCAGUGACUUACAGCAGGUAGAUCUAAUGGGCAUCAGAAUCAAAUCACUUGCUGAGAUUGAAAAAGAGUAUGAAUAUAGCUUUCGGACGGAGCACAGCGCUGCCGCCCGACUGCCGCCCAGUCCCACCAGAACUUCACUGGGUUCAGAAGCCUAAACGCUCAUGAGGUGGAGGAAACAGAGAGAGAGUCUGACUUCUCAAGACCUGACCUGAGCAGAGACAAAGGGGACUGCUGCUUUUCUUCUCAUUCUUUGAAUUUAAAACAGAGAUCCACAAAACAGAAAAUAUGGAAAAUUAUUCACUUUUUGUCCAAAAAUAACAGAAGUUUCAUUUCCUGUGGUCAAGUUUAGUUCUUCUCCAGUUAAUGCUGCUUUUUCACAAAGAUCAUUUGAGGCUGAGCAGAUCUUCAUUGUUACAGCGAUCAAAUCAAAACCACUACAGUGUCGUAAAGGGAUGUCCGGGGCUAAAUGGAGUGGCCUGUGGAAACUUGUGUUCUUUAAUUGUGUUGAGUUCUGACUUAUUCUGGUAUGCUGUUACUAUGGUGACUUCACGAAGGGUUGAACUUUGAUGCACCCUCAAUAAUUCACACCCGAGCCCUUUUUGGAGUCCCAUUGCUUUGCUUGAGGUUUUGUUUAGAUCAGAGCGACUGCAUUACUUGUUUCUGGGAUUUGAUUCGUCUUGUAAUGAAGCCCAGUACUGUUACAGAACUUUGGAAACAUUUCAAUAUUUUUGUGUGUUUGUCUGGAAAACAAAAGAGAUUCGAACAAAAACACUCCAACUGCGAACAAAACCUUGUAUAUAGACAGGCGAUGAAUCAGGAAUGUGUUGUUUUAGAGUUGUGUGUUACUUGUUUUCCCUUUUUGUCUUUGUUACAUCCUUUCUGAACUGAGAAAUUACUCUGAUCACAGGUGAAAUGUUACACAUUUUCUUCCUCCUGUCAUGUUUGAUGGUGCUCCAGCUCUUUGGAUAUCGUUUUUGCCGGUCCAGUUGUGGCUUCUGCAGUAUCCCUAUAUUUCCUGGUCCAUAUUUCACCUCAAAAUCAAAAGGAAAAAAGAGAAAUUAUAUUUUGUUUAAAAACAAGCAGCAGCCUAUUUGAAGGACCAUUAAGAUUUGUUUGCAUCAUAACAUUAUUUAAAUGACGAGUAAAUAAAUAUUCCGGGUUCAAUAUAGGUUAAGCUCUAUCGACAGCAUUUGUGGCAUAAUGUUGAAUACAACAAAAAUGAAUUUCGACUCAUCCCUCCUUCUAAAAAGAAAUUGGGUUACAGUGAGGCACUUAAAAUGGAAGUGAAUGAACGUUAAAAUACUCACUUUUUCAAAAGUAUAGCCAAAAGACGUUAACAAUAUGUGUGUUAACAUGAUUUCAGUGCGAUAAAAUAGUUUACUAAGCUUUUCCGUGUAAAGUUAUAGCCAAUUUUACAACUUGACGUGACGAUGUAAUGUCAACACGGUGAUUUAAAGAACUUUACAGCUCAAAUAAUACGCGAGUUUUAACAAAAUAAUUAUUUUAAGUGCUUUUAUAAAAUUAUAAGCACAUUGGCCACACAUUGGCCCCAUUCACUUCCAUUGUAAGUGCCUCACUGUAACCUCCAUUUUUGCUUUUUUAAAGAUAAGGACGGACGAGUCGAAAUUAAUUUUUGUAGUAAUCAACAUUAUGCCGCAAAUGCCGAUUGAGCUGAACUUAUAUUGAACCCGAACAAUUCCUUGGAGCACAUUUCCUCAGAAAUUACUGUAAUUUAAAAAAAUUCUCAUCAUUACCGUAAUGCAGAAAGAAAAGAAAAAAACCUCUUUGCCACAAUACAGAAAAUCAUAUUCUGAACACAAUUUUGAAUUAAAAUUAACAAAGGCAGUUUGACAAAUACUUCCAUUAUGAAUAAAAUAACUUUGAAUCGAUCAAUUUAGCAUUACAAUAAUGAGGAUUAUGGGGGAAAUGUGCUUAAUUGUUAUGAAAAAAAUGUCAGAAUGCCAAAAUAUUCGUUUCUCAUUUAUUAUUUUUGACUUUUUGGUGAACUACAACACGGACAUUUCUUGCCAGUUUUUGUGAGAUUCACUCGAAUAUCCCAUAAAUAUUUUUAAGGUAACUUUCCUGUUAAUUCUUGUGAUUUAGUAAACCAUGCGCAGCCCACAGAGUGAAGUUUUGAGUCGCCUUUGCUCGUUAUUUGUGCUUUGUAACCGUGUCAUUGCUCUUUAUGUAGUGAUGAUUAUUAUGAUGGAAGUACAGUGUGAUUUUUCGGGCGUUUCUUUACAAUGCCCCACGGAAAUGACCGUCUCAGGUGAAAGCAUUCGGCUUGGAAACACCAAGUGACUAAAGAGUCAAGUCCUUUGAGAUGGUUAGACACCUUCACUGUGAGACUUUAAUCAAACCCUCAAAUGGAUUAAAACUUUCUUAAGUUGCUAUUGGUUCUGAUUUUCAAACAGUUACAUUAUUAUGCAUUCUAAAACUAACACGUAUAAGAUAGAUAGCAUGCACUCCAACUGCGAAACAAAACUAACCUCAAAUUGAACUCUUCAUGUGUUUUUACUGUCUGGCAGUGAAUACAUUCAGACCUUCGAAAUCCAAUUUCUCAGACAUUAGUCGAAACUGUUCUUGGAUUACAAUUCACAAGCAGUUAUUUCUACUAUUAAAUAUCAAUAGGUUCAAAUGAAAGGUUUAAUGCAUUUGGGGGAAACCCCAUCCCAGGUUUAUAGCUCUAAAUAAAACAGGAAACCACUAAUUCAACCACUUAUAUCUGUUGAAUUUGAUGUCCAAAUGACGUAAUCCACUUUGCAGUCAAACUUGCGAAAGCAAACAAGUAACUUUCUAGAUCACAGUUGGUUUUUGUUUGUUACAGUAAUCUUUCUUUGUUCAUAGACAUUUAUAGUCAAAAACUCAGUAUUUCAAAUGCCCAGUAAGAAUGCAUGCUAUCUGAUUUGUUUUUUUCUAUAUUAAUGUGAGGUUUUAAUUUGUUAUUUCAUAGUACUAUUUCUUUUUAUUAUUUAAUGAUUUUAUAUGAAGACUAAUUUAAAUGUUUAGGAAUGUAGUUAGUUUGUUGCCCCCAGAUUUUUUAAUGUUAUGUUUGAUAUGCUUUUAUGGUCACACAAACAAACACAAUAAAAGAUGUUUAGUUACUGCA